AUGGACCAUUCCCCCAAAGGGGAGCCCACCACAUGCAACUCCACCCAGGGCUGGAGCCCGGGGGUUGUGAUUGUGACAUCCUUCUGCUCAUGGCAUCUCGGCUUCAUCAGGGAUUUGGAGGAGUGGAAGGACCUCUUGGAGACACUGCGCCUCGCUGGAAAGGAGCUGCUGUCCCAGGGGGUGCAUCCAGUCGUGCUGAACUGUCCUCACCGGAUCCAGUGGACCGACUCAAACGAGACCUGGGCAGAGGCGCAGUUGAAUUCCCUGCGGUACAACCGCCUCCUGACGGAGUUUGCCCAGCAGCCCCCUUGGCGCCUGCUGAACCUUCACGCCUUGAUGGCGGCUUGCGGCAAUGAGUGCAACAAGGACAGGGUGCACGCCAGGCCCCCUGUUUAUGACGCCGCCGUGCAGCCGGAUGAUCUGUCUCACAGCGAGGACUUCAGUCUGUCGGACGAUACCCUGGAGUUCAAGCGCAUGGCGGAUGCCUUUGCCAGGCAGGAGCUGGCCCCCAAUGGGGCAGCCUGGGAUGCGGGCCACAUCUUUCCCCUCGACACCAUCCGAGCGGCAGCGGGCCUGGGGUUCGGGGCCAUGUACGUCCCGGAGGAUGUGGGCGGGAGUGGGCUGAGCAGGCUGGACGCGGCGGUUGUCUUCGAGGAGCUGUCCUAUGGCGACGUCCCCGUCACCGCCUACCUGUCCAUCCACAACAUGGUGGCAGGCGUGAUCGACCGCUACGGCACCCCCCAGCAGCGGGAGAUGUACCUGCCGCGUAUGGCGACCGCAGAGGUGCUGGCCAGCUACUGCCUGACCGAGCCCGGCUCUGGCAGCGACGCAGCCUCCCUGAAGACCACGGCCAAGCGUGAUGGCGACGACUACGUCCUCACCGGCUCCAAGGCCUUUAUCUCCGGCGGCUCCGUCUCCGACCUCUACCUGGUCAUGGCACGAACAGGGGCGCCCGGCCCCAAGGGCAUCUCUGCCUUCCUCGUGGAGAAGGGCGCACCGGGGCUGUCCUUCGGCAAGCGGGAAGAGAAGCUGGGGUGGAACGCGCAGCCCACGACCGCCGUGAUCAUGGACGGCGUGCGGGUACCGGCGCGCGCGCGCGUGGGCGUGGAGGGCCAGGGCUUUGCCAUCGCCAUGGCCGCGCUGGACGGCGGGCGCGUAAACAUUGGCGCCUGCUCCCUGGGCGGCGCGGCCUUCUGCCUGGACGCGGCGGCGCGCCAUGCGCGAGAGCGCCGCCAGUUCGGCCGCCCGCUGGCCGACUUCCAGGCCACGCAGUUCCGGCUGGCCGACAUGGCCACCGCGCUGCACGCCUCACGCCUGGCGGUACGCCACGCCGCGCGCGCGCUGGACGCGGGCGCGCCCCAGGCCACCAUGGCCUGCGCCAUGGCCAAGCGCCUGGCCACCGACGCCUGCUAUGACCUCACCAACGAUGCGCUGCAGCUGCUGGGGGGGUAUGGGUACCUCAAGGAGUACCCUGUGGAGAGGUACAUGAGGGACCUCAGAGUGCACAGCAUCCUGGAGGGGACCAACGAGAUCAUGCGGGUCAUCAUCUCCAGGGAAUUGGAGCGCCUGGGCGGGGUGUAG